UAAGCCUUGAGAAGCCGCACAUCUCCACCCUCCCACAUCUCCUCUUUCACUUCGCAUUAAGAAUUGUUGCUGCUUCCUCCUCAAAUCGUGACUUGUCUGCAGUGUGGGUGCGUUCUUCUACAAUUUUUCUGCUUCCUCUCCGUUUCCGCCCAGUUUCCAAAGUCAUCAGAGAUCCGAAUUUCUCAACAAAAGAAUUCUGGUCUGAAUUUAAAGGAAAAUUUCAGAGUUGUUUCGCUCCUCGUUUGGGGCGUGACACUCAUCUCUCUCUGAAGCCCAGCACCAGAACUCCACCCCUGAUGUCAGUGAGUGACUAGAACUCCAACUCUUCAUCGCCUUGCCUCAGUUAUUGUUCAGCUGGUAGCACUUAUUCACAAUGGAUAGGCACAAACUGUUGGACCAUUAACAAACUGCCUAUAGUUUCCUCUGCAAUCUAUUGAUAUUCAACAUCAACUAUCAAUUAACAAAUGGAGCAGGAUUGCUCCAAAUGGACAUGCAACCACUGUGGAAAUGAAGGAAUGAUAGAUGAAGGAGAUGGAUACUUCUAUUGCGCUAGGUGUUAUUCCCAGGCUGAUGAUGUCAUGGAUACCGGUGUUGCUGAUGAGGACUUUAUGGUGAAGGGUGACCAAACUGGGGCUCUCUAUUCUGCCAAUCACAAGCGUCAACGUCAUCAACCUGUUACCCCAGUGCAACCCAUCUCCCAAUUCAACCCUCAAACUCAACAGUUUUGGUCCCAGAUGACUGAAGAAACUAAUGAUCACUAUCACGAUCAGCAAAAUAGAGCAAAGGAAGUGCGCCUUUUUGAUGAUGUGGGGCCUGUAAACCCAAGUGAUUUUGGAUCUUUUGGGAUGAGUCAGUACAGUUAUGAGGAUUAUUACAAGGAGUUGAGGAACAGGCAUGUGAUGGGGGUGCAGAUAAUGCUACAGGCUCAGUGUGAGUCUUUAGUAGAGAAGUUUAAUGUGAACCCUUUGAUUUGUGGGAUUGUUGGGCCCAUUUGGUUGAGGUUUGUGGCUAGUACUGGGAUUCUUGACGAUGAAUGGGCAGAUCAUGCUAUUCAUGAAUCUGAGAUUCAGAAAUCAGGUGAAGCUGAAAAUAUCCAGCCUCGUGCUAAAUACCGUUCAGAACCUCACAAUAUCUAUGGUCAGAGAGCCUUGAUUAUAUGGUACAAGUCUUUAAGAAAGAAGGUUCCCUUAUCUUGUUCUCUAGCUGUCUCUUUUCUAGGUUGUCAUGUUUUGAGGGAAGCGAUUUUGCCAACAGACAUGGUAAAGUGGUCAGUUGAAGGGAAGCUUACAUAUCUUGAUGCUUUUGUUGAGCUUGAAAAACGUAUUGGGCAUGGUCUGCCUCCAUUCCCUUUAAAUCUUAAUCAAAUGUUUAGGCCUUCUCAUGUUGUUUCUGCACAGAAGUUGGAAUUGCAAGCAGCUCAAAUUGCUCAGUCCAUAGGCUUGAAUUUACCUCCAGUGAAUUUCUAUGCAAUAGCUUUAAGAUAUCUAAAUGAGUUAUCUCUGCCUGUUGAGAAGAUUCUGCCUUGUGCACGUCAUAUAUAUGAGUGGGUGAUGCCUCCUGAUUUGUGGUUAUCAACACAUGAAUCGAAACUUCCUACACGAAUCUGCCUGAUGUCAAUACUUAUUGUAGCAAUAAGAAUUCUCUAUAACAUCAGUGGAUUUGGUAUUUGGGAAAGGAGUUUGGAAACUCUGCAAUUUCCCACUAAAUUGGACAAUGCAGGAAAAGUGGACCCCACUUCCUCUCCCAAAGUGAAGGAUUUGGAAGCGGAUUCUACUUUGCCUUACAGUGUGGAUGAUUUGGGUACUAAUUCUGUUAAAUUGUCUUCACAUGUCCAUAAAUCUGAGUUAGAUGCUGCAGAGCUUUUAUGCAAGCUUGAAGCAAGAUACAAUGAGAUUAAAGACACAUAUGAUUAUUCUAGAAACUUGCCUACUUAUCUACAGUUCUGUAAGGAUGUUAUAUUUGCUGGGUUGGAACCACCUCUGGAAUUUUACCAGGAAGAGCAAAGUUUGAUUGACCAGUUCUGGGAGUUCUAUCAGAAUGAAAAGGAUUCUGAACCACAUGAAAAUGGAAGGCAAGAUAGGGAAUCAAGGCGUAAUGAAGGAUGUGCCCAGAGUCUCCCUGGAGAAAACAUUGCUUCUGACCAAGAAUACUAUAGGAGCCCAUCCAAUGAUAAUCGAACUUUCGUUGGAGGUGAUAGCCAUCAGCGAAGCAUGGAUGUUGACGAUGUUUCUCAGCAUUCACAUGAACCUGAAAAUUCAGAGGCUGGCGAUGAGGUUUCAGUAGAAUCUUUGAAAGAAAGAGCCAUAAGAAGAAUGAAAAGAGACAUGGAGGAGAAUAGAUUUUGUUACAUCCCGCCAAGGGCCAAGCCCAAGAGAUUUGAUUACCUUCACUAUGUACGGAAGAAGGAUGAAGGUGCCAUGACCUAUGUUGCCCAUGCUGAUUAUUACAUAUUGCUUCGAGCAUGUGCUAGGGUCGCCCAUGUAGACAUUCGGAUUAUGCAUGGCGCAGUACUUGGUUUCGAAAGGAGACUGGGUUGGACCGAAGCGAAAAUUGAUCAGUGCUUGAAUGUACGGACUCCUCAAAUUAAUUGUCAAUUUUGUAGUGAUAUGCCAGAAAAUAGUGUAGAUGACAAUCCCAUGCAAUCGGACCCCCAAGUUUGAUUUUGUUUUUGGUAAUGUUGUCGAUAUAAUAAUUUAUUAUCAAAGUAUAUAUAUAUUUUUUUAACAGUAGGUGUCUUAACAUAAACUUCUGCUCGUUUCAAGAAUUUUUUUAAAAAAGUUUUUUCAGAGAAUUAAAUUUUAAUUAAUAAA